CAAAAAGAGAAACUAUUUAGGGCGAAGUAAUACAAAAGUCACUUUGAUAUUUUUGAGACAACAAAAGUCACUUUCUUCCUGUCAUUCAUGCUUUCAAUUUGAUAUUUUUGAUUUGUGUUGUAAUUCCGUAUAAUAUGUUGUGCUAUAAUUUCUCACAAAAAUGUAAUACAAAGAUAUAUCACCGAAAACACAGGCCCAAAUAGAAAGAGAUCAUAAAUCCAGCCCACAGGAUAAGGGGAAGGCCCUUGUAAGAUUCCAAAGUUUCCAACACCCUAACGGUAGCAGCCAACAAACCCUCACUCAGAGCAACCUGAAGAGGCAAAAGGGCAAAGGAGCAAGACCACAAACGCUACCGGAAAUUUCACUCCGGCUACGGUUCCGGUGAACGCUGGAGCGACCGAAUUUGUAAGUUUCGAUACUUUAAGCAGUUUUGUACAAUGGGGGUCAUUACAAUGGGGGACGGCGAUGUCGUGCUUAAGCGAGCUCAUACCAACUUGGGCGAUUACGAGGAAGAUGUGAUUGCGGAGAUCCUCGCAAGGCUACCGGUCAAAUCAUUGAUUCGAUUCCGGUGCGUCUGCAAGUCAUGGCGUGCUUUGAUCUCCGAUUCCUAUUUUGUAAAGAAACACCUCAGCUACGCAGAGAGAGGCAUCACCAAAAGCACUUACAGGCUCAUCAUUUUCAUGGAGGAUGAUAUCUCGACGUUGGAAAUCCUAGCCUUGAAAAAUAUCAAGGAUGAUGAUGAUGAUGGCGAUGGUGCUGCGGGUGGUCAGUUUGCAGUCACUCAGCUGGAUUGUCCUGUAACGAAAACUAUCACCCAUUCCCGUUAUAGAGUUCUUGUUGGUUCUUGCAAUGGCUUGGUAUGUGUAGAACUUGACUCGGAGGUCAUUAUGCUAUGGAACCCUUGUACUAGAGACCCCAAGGUUUUACCAAAACCUCCUCGAGUUAUAAACUCUGAGUUUAUCUACUGCUUUUAUGGACUCGGGCAUGAUUCUGCUAGUGAUGACUACAAGGUGAUACGGGGGUUCACUGAUUAUCUUGCUAAGAAAAUCAUGAUUCACAUCUUUUCACUGAAAUCAGGUUCAUGGAGGACUGUCGAAGACAUUGAUUAUGUCAGUGAUCUAAGGCGGCAGGGGUUGUUCUUAAACGGAGCUCUGCAUUGGUUAUAUAGUCUACCCGAAGGGGGCUCCAGCAUUUUGUCUUUUGAUUUAGGGGCAGAGAAAUUUCGGAAGACAAUUCCGUUGCCCUACGAUGACUGGUUUCGUGAUCCCUUGGUUCAUAAAAAUUGUCUCUGUGUACCUACUUGCCCAACUGGAACCAACAGUUUCAACAUAUGGAUGAUGAAAGAAUAUGGGGUCAAGGAAUCCUGGACUGAAGUCUUACAAUUUUCUUUGAUUGACGAGAAUAUUUAUGCAGAGUAUUUUGAUGAUUAUACACAGUAUUUCAGGCCUGUGUGCAUGUUAGAGAAUGGUGUAGUUUUGGUUGACGAGAUGGGUCAUUGUGAAGACCUCAUGGUAUUAUCUAAUCUAAAGGAGAAGACAUUCAACCAUGUUGUUGAGGUCGCGAAGAGCUUGGAGAUUAGAACGGUCAUUUACCGAGAGACACUAGUUUCACCAGACGUCCACACGUACAAAACCAACAAUGUGAGCUAGUAGCUCGUUGCUAUAGUUCUCAAGGAAAUAGGGAGGCAAAAGUGCUUUUGUAGAAGCAACCUGGUUGUAAUUCAUGGUGGGCCUCAUUUUGAGGGGGGAGAGAGGUAUGUGUAAUGUUUCUACUUUCACUUGGAAACAUGUUGGGAGAUCCAAAAGGUCAUUUGCUUAUGUAGAAAGUGGAUGCAGUGUUGUUUGUAGAUAUUGUACUACGAAUGAAAUAUCUUGUCUAUGUAAACCUAUUAAGGUUAUUUCUUAUGAC